AUGAAUCAAACUGAAACGUCAACAGCUCCAGCCAAUGCUGAAACCUACGACACCAACAUCUACUACACACCGUCGCCACGUGUCACCGCCAACGACAUCACCACACUGACGACGUUCGCGACGCCCGUGCCACAAGCAUUGGACUAUGUCAAUACGCAGUAUAACGAUAUUUAUAGAAACCAACCAGCUACCUACUACCUACCAACAUACGGGCAACCGGGAUCCUCGUCUUUCUACCCGGAUUUCUCGAAUUUCAAUGUAGCCCGCACUCAAGACUUCGCCGCCUUGCCUACAGUAGCCGCAGAUAUUAAACCAAUUAUUAUCAAACAGGAAAAAGAAGUGUCUUCCGGUGGAUCAAACAACAAUGAUCCAACUUCAACGGAUCUACUUGGCGACGGUGUAGCUCAUUCUGGAGAUGAGACUGCUCCAAUUGCCACGUUGGUGGCUGGAGCAAAUGCUCCACGGAGAACAAAAUUGGACCGUCGGAAGGCAGCAACGAUGCGAGAGAGAAGACGUUUGAGAAAAGUGAAUGAAGCAUUUGAAGUCGUCAAACAACGGACGUGCCCGAAUCCGAAUCAACGUCUUCCGAAAGUUGAAAUUUUGAGAUCAGCAAUUGAUUAUAUUAAUACGCUUGAGAGGAUGUUGACAAGUGUUGGAAAGACUACUAAAAUUAUGGACCAGAACCAUCAUUUGCAAAUGACACAACCGAUUAGUGCCGCACCACAUGAUUAUAUUACAUCGUCUCACUUCGCCAACGCCGGCUACAAUCCGGACGGUCCGAACGUCUACGAUGACGAGGAUCUCUCUGAUACCGACGAGGAUCGGGACCAUCAUCACCAUAAGCUCGGGAACGCCAUCGAUCUGCGUCGGCGAAACUCUUUGGACGGUUUGGCACGGAUAGUCGACAACAUUCCACUUCUUCAAAGUCAACCAGAGGUGCCAAAUGAGAUUCCAGCUGGUUCGGAAGACAAAAAAUUGGAAAUUCUAUAA